AAUUGUCCUCUUUAGAUAGACCAAUCCAAAUUCAUCAGUCUUGUUGUGGAGGUUGUGAAGGUGACAUCCUCAUCUAGCAGAUCCUCUUUUAAGUACUAGUGCAGUAGCUACGAAGCAUCCAUAGUUGCUUUUAACAAGUAUCGCCCACCCCAUCCCAGUCACCAAAUUUGCUUUGUGACCAUCAUCACUCCAGUUGACCCUCUCUCUUGUCUCCACAUCUUAACGUGUCCAACAUGUGGCAUCUGAAACUCAAGAGCACAUGUGGUCUAAUGUUGGUUUUUGUGGGUUUCGCUCAAUGUGCCACGAUCCCAGCCCCGGUCGAGUCCACUCCGCCCAAUAUUGAGCCCACAAAGGCGGCAGUUCCACCACCCAAUGUUAAUCCCGUGGAGCUAAGCUCGGAUGGAGAGCAUUUGGCAGUUGCCACUCCCUUGGCGGGGUUUGAGAAAAAGUUCCGCAAAGUCGGUGAAAUGACCUCGAGGCUGAGCGAGAAAGCGCCGGAGUUGGAGCGGUUGGCCAGAUUCAUCUUCGAUCUUGGCGGCACUAACAGCAACGAUGGAUACACGACCUCGGAUGGAACUACCAAUUUGUUCAACUUGAACAUCGAUUCCGCCAGAGUGAUUGAGGGUUUGUUCCGGCCAGAUUAUGUAGCCAUCCACGUGGCUCAGAACGCGUUCAACUUCUUCACUUCGUCGUUGGCUUGGGUCGUGGCCAGUGGUCUGUACGAGACCACCAACUCGGGUCGCGGCCUUUUUGGCUCCAAUCCGGAUUCCUACUCAUCAUCCAGCUCCGGAUACACCAUUCCUAGUUACAAAUCCCCCAGCAGCACUGGUGGCAGCAACACUUACAACAGCCCUUCCUCCUCGUACGGGGCUCCUCUUUUGACGUCCAAGAGCUCGUUUUCAUCCGGACCCCUUUCAUUUUUGUCCAAGACUAUCGCCGACUCCGCCCUUUUUAACGCCUUCGCCCCCAACAAACCAUCCAAGUCAUCUUCCAACUACGAUUAUGAAUCCCGAAAGAUCAAGGUGACCGAGGAUAAUGAGGCCGUGUCAGCCGAGGACCCUAUCACGGGCAUGAGUGUGGAUCAGAUCCAGCACUUGUUGGAGGCCGAAGAACAAGGUCAGGCUAACAUGUUUAGCAACUUGAGCGAGGAGCAAAAAUACAAAAUGUAUCAACGAGCCAAGAAUGCCAUGUUGGCGGGUAGCCGCCGGCAUGAGGUCAAUGGGGAGCCUAGUCUCACUUUCGUGGACCAAACUGGCCCAGCCCAAGAGUCACACCCCCUUCCCGAGGACAUGGAACUGGACACUGGUGUUAAUCUGGGGAAUAAUAAACCGGUUGUUCGAAGGAGGAGGAAACUCAUUCGUAAGCCAUUGGACCAGACUCCUCGGAAAGUGGAGGAGUAACCCUAAAAAGAUCUCGCAACCCACGUAGUUUUUAACUCAGCUAGUCACUUUGUCUAGUCGCAUGAUUUCAACUGCAAUGCAGUCACCAAGUCAUGAAUAUUUGGAAUAAUGUACUAAGUUAUGUCCUAUGUCUCUUUGUUUAAGAAUCGACACGUUGUUUUAUUUGAGUUUUGAGAAACAUCUGAUCACAAUUAUUUCUUGAAACCCUAAUCAGGCAAGCUAGUGCCAAGAAUAUGGAGCACCAUAUUGUGUUCCACUUGUGCUUACUUUCCAAAGAAAUCGCCACAUUUGUUUGGAAUUUUUUGUCAAUUGAACAAUUAUUCAACUUACUCAUAAUUAUGUAUCAUCAGACAUUUCAUGGUUAAUAAAUGCAUAGCA